CUACAUCACUUCCUGCUGCUGACGUCGCUGACGAAACAAACCACCAUUCAGUCGUGACUCGUGAAAUGGGUUAUGGUUUGAUGCCUGUAAGAGGAACACUAUGCUUCGAAGAACAAGAACUGCAAAGGUAUAUACAGAACCAGAAGAUGAAUCAGAUGACAUGACAGGCAAUCAAAGAGAUGACAGUGAGGAGUUAGAGGAAUGGUUACCAAAUAUAAAUGAAGGCAAAACUAAAGGAAGACGUCAGAGGGGGACAGUUGAAAUGGCUGAAAGGAAAAAAGUGACCAAGAGGGUGGCCAAACCUAAAGAGCCAAAACCAAAAGAACCCAAACCUAAAGCAGAGAGGAAGCCGAGAGCUGCACGAGUUUCUAAAGCGAAGAAGGCGAAGACUAAAACAGAGCAACAAACUGAGGAUGCGGUUCUACCGAAGCCUGAGUCACAGCAGCAUGUGACGGUCAAAGAAGAGAGAUUGUCCAUUAACUUGAGCAGUCAUAAUGCAGCUGUCCCAGGAGAUGUGCCUCAUGAGUGUCCAUCAUCCAGUCAACAUUUCCCCAAGGUGAAAAAAGAGGAGCCAGAUGACAGCUUCACCUUUGAUGAACCUGCUCAGAAGAAGCAGAAGACCACAAACUCAGCCCAGGGAAGACCGAUAAAACUCAAACUGAGCAAUUCCUGUGUGGAGGACUUACAGAUGAAUUGGGAUCCCAUUCAGGUUCUUGCUGAGAAGACGGGUGUGGAGCAGUGGGUGUGUGCGAACAUUGCAAAGCUCUUCCAGGAGGAGAACACGGUUCCCUUUAUGGUGCGCUAUAGAAAGGAGCUCAUCAACCAUAUGGAUGCUGAUGCUGUUCGAGAUGUGCAGCUGACUCUUGAAGAGUUACGGUCAGUGGCAAAGAAGAGCAAAUCUGUUUCUCAGACACUAAAGAAAGAGGGGGUUCUUACUUCAGAGCUGGAAAUGGCUCUAAAGAACUGCACAACGGCUGGUGAUAUAGACCAUGUGUAUGCUCCCUAUAAAAAGGGCAGUAAGCUGUCCAAGGCCCGGCGAGCUAAGGAGCUAGGACUGGAGCCUGUUGCAUUGGCUCUGCUUCAGGCACCCCAGACACUGGACCUGCAUUCCUCGAUCCAGCCCAACACUAAAGGGUUGUCGACCCUGGAUGAGGUGACCACAGGUGUGCAGGAGAUCCUGACAGAUAUGAUUGCAAAGGACAAAGAGACUCUCACCCAUGUCCAGUCAUGGUGUGACAGGAGUGCGGUGACCAUUCACUCGUCAGUGUCUAAAACAGCCCUGAAAGAACAGCAGCCACAGCAGGGCAAUCAGAAGAGCAAACCAAAGGACAUUGCCAAGUUCAGCCUGUAUACUGACUUCACCUGCGAUGUUCAGCGCAUCCAGCAUUAUCAGAUGUUAGCCAUUAACCGUGGGGAGAAUCUGAAAAUUCUGACAGUGAAGGUCAACAUCCCCGACUGGGUGAAGAAUGACUUCUGUAGGUGGUGCAUCAAUGUCAGGUGGAGGCCUCAGGGAUUCGCACAGCCAGAACUGAUGACGAUUUUGAAGAAUGCUAUUGAAGAUUCCUACAGGAGAUUCAUUCUGCCCUUCCUCAGUCGAGGCUACAGGACUAAGUUGACCACUAGUGCAGAAAAAGAGUCCAUCGCCAUGUUUGUUCGUAAUCUGCGUCAGCGCCUUCUGAUGUGUCCUGUGCGUGGGAGAGUUAUCAUGGGAGUGGACCCAGGAUUUCACCAUGGCUGCAAAAUAGCAAUCCUGUCCCCCACCAGUCAGAUUCUGCACACAGAUGUGGCGUAUCUCCAUGGUCCUGCUAAACACAAAGAAGCAGAAAACCUGCGCCAUCUUAUGUUCAAACACAGCUGUCAAACUAUUGUCAUAGGAAAUGGCAAAGCAUGCAGGGAGACUGAGGCCUUCUUUACAGACCUAAUUAAACAACGCUUCUUCAAGCCCCUUGAUGUGUCCUAUUGUAUAACAGAUGAAGCAGGAGCGUCCAUCUACAGUGUGAGUCCUGAGGCUGUUAAAGAGAUGCCUGAUAUGGAUCCCAACUUAAGGAGUGCAGUGUCCAUUGGGAGGCGUGUUCAGGAUCCUUUAGCAGAGCUCAUUAAAAUUGACCCCAAACACAUUGGUAUUGGCACUUAUCAGCACGACGUGUCACAGAGUUUGCUGAGGGCAGCGCUGGAUGGGGUGGUGCAGGAGUGUGUGAGCUUCGUGGGAGUGGACAUCAACAUCUGUUCAGAGACGCUGAUGAGGCACAUAGCAGGUCUGAACGCAGGGCGAGCACGCAGUAUUAUGGAGUGGAAAGAAAAGAAUGGGCCUUUUCUCAACAGAGAACAGCUGAAACUGGUCAAAGGCCUCGGUCCUAAGAGCUUUCAACAGUGUGCCGGCUUCAUCAGGAUCAACCCUGAGACAGUACGCAGUAUUGACUCUGGAGGGAACGAAGGCCUCAAGGUUCCUCUGAAACAGACAGCUGAGAAGAAAAAAGUCAAGGGCUCUGGGAGCGCCUCUAACAAGUUUAACCCACUGGACCAAACCUGCAUCCACCCUGAAUCCUACAGCAUCGCCUUGAGGUGA